AUGGUGGAUCUGAUGCGGGACGACGCUUGCUCCACCCUGCGCAGUGCGUAUCCGGGCGAGGGCCACGACUUUAACCUUAGCACGCUCUGCUGCUUACCGAAGAAGCCCACGGGCGUGGACGCCGACAGAGGCGAGUACUUCGAGGGUCCGGGCCGCGUGUUUGAGCACAUUAUGGAACAGGUGGACUACCGCACGGCCGAAGACAGUCUCGAACACUACUUCCAUUGCCCGUCCAUCAAGUUCGUGGCGCUCGCGUACCUUCGGAUCCCUGGUUUUGGGAAGGAGUCUUUUCAGCUGGCCACUUCAUUCGCGAACGACGAGGACUUGGUCUGCACUGCGGUUUUGAUAUAUGCCGCCUACUGCGCCACCGACGCCUUCCGCGCGCAGGGCAGAGUCACCCCGGCGCUGGCGCGAGAUGCGGUGGAGCAGCAUUGCCGGAACGGCAGUAACAAAUUCGUGGUCGGCCUCUUCGGCGCGCUGCUUAUGUCGACCAUGGUCCUCACAGGCAUUGUCUUUCUGAUUGGCUACCUGCAGAAGGAGAACGAGGCCCGCAAGACCGCGAUGGUGGAGGCUGGCAUCGGGGGCUGA